CCCAAUUAGAAGCUACCAGUCAAUACCCAGCUCCCUCUCCAUUAUCCUAUUUGUAUAAUUCUUUCUUUUAAUAAUGAGGAAUUGUUUGAAGAUAGUGAUGGUCAUGAAGAAACAUUAAUCAAAUGGCAUUUUUGGGGAAAUCUCAGUAUCCCCAGAAUAAAAAUCCCCCUUUUUUCUUUUCUUUUGUUUGCAGGGAAGGUGGGAUUUGGGUGGAGGAGGAGGGGGAGGGGUUAAUGGGAGGAGUCCUUAUUCCAUAAUUAUAUAAAAGGAUGAGAGAAUGGCAAUGUCCUUCUCCUAUGUCCUAUCCAUAUCAUUUUCCCCUUUUCUGGUGAAUUCCUCUUUUUGUUUAUUGUGACAGAUUCUUAUCUUCUUGGUAGUGUUUGGUUAAAUUUAGGCAGAGAGUUUUAAGGGGUUUCCUGGAAAUUUUUAGCUGUGAAACAGAGAGGGAGAGGAAGAAGAGGAAGAGGGUAUAGAGGAAAGGAAGAAAUCACUUUGUUGAGUUACAAAAAUGGCAGGGAUGUUACCAGGGGUGGAGCUAGCUCGAAGGAGAAGAAUUCAUUCUUCUAAUCAAAACGAUGAUUACCGUAACUGCCGAUCUGAUUCUUUCUUUCGGGAGCGUCUUCCACCUUCGAUCAUUGCAACCACCACCACAACAAUGGAUUCCACCACUCUUAUGGCUCGCAUGAGGCUCGAGGAGAAGCUCGGAGGCUUCCGUUCCAGGUGGAAUAAGAAACAUGAACCUCAAUCUCAACCUCCUCCUGUCCAACACAGAAGCUCUUCUCAUGUUCUUCGCCCGACGCAGAUCCACACAAGUGAAACGAGAAACAGAGAAACAGAGGUUUGCAGGAGUAGUCCGCAGUUAAGCCGGAGGAAUUCACAGAGAGAGGUUUGUUCGGUUUGCCUAGAUGAUCUGCAAGGCAAGAGGGAGGUCACCAACUUACCUUGUUCUCACAGAUACCAUUCAGAUUGCCUUCUCCCUUGGCUUGCUUCCCAUUCACAUUGCCCCUAUUGUAGAGCACUUGUUCACUUAUGAUGAUCCUUAUUAUCUAAUAAACCAAAUAAUGAAAAAGGAAAAAAAGAUCCCUUCCUUCUCUUGUCUUCUUGAUGCUCAUGGUGGUUUGGGAUGUGCCACAAUUCUCUGUUUAUCUUUCUUGGUUGAUUGGGUCGAGGUUGGAUCUAACUUCUAAUGCACAGGCAAUUCCAAUAGAUUUUUGGGUUUUAGAAUAAGAUUGUCAAUUCUUGGUAAAUUCUGUUUUUGAGUCUCUCUCCUUUUCUUAUGUUUGUAGAGGAUGAUAACUCUUGUGCCCAUGUUAUUUCUAAAUGGGAUUUACAAUAUCUUGUCAGGGUUUGUUUAAGAUCUCCUACCCCAAGACCUCCUCAAUAUUGUAACUACUUUUUGGCCUGAUGUGGCUUUAUAAAUUGAGUCAUAAUACAAAGGGGCAUGUUUAUGGAGUGCCUAUGAAGUAGUUUAGCCUUAA